CAGGUGUGUGUGUGUGUGUGUAUGUGUGUGUGUGUCGGAGGAACAUUGCGGAGCUGCAGGGAGAGCAGAGGGGAGACGGUCAUGUCAGACAGCGGGAACGCACAGCCGCAGGACGGAGGCUCGAGCCGGAUGACAAGCCCGAGUGUGGGCAACAAAGUGACCGUGGUGCUCGGAGCACAGUGGGGCGAUGAAGGGAAAGGAAAGGUGGUGGACCUGCUGGCCCAGGACGCUGACAUGGUCUGCAGAUGUCAGGGAGGCAACAAUGCAGGGCACACAGUCGUGGUUGAUUCAGUGGAAUAUGACUUCCACCUUCUACCCAGUGGAAUCAUCAACCCUAAGGCCACUGCCUUCAUUGGUAAUGGUGUAGUCAUUCACCUGCCGGGUCUCUUCGAUGAGGCUGAGAAGAAUUUGCGGAAAGGAAAAGGACUGGAAGGCUGGGAGAACAGGCUCAUCAUCUCUGACCGUGCACACAUCGUGUUUGAUUUCCAUCAAGCUGUGGAUGGAGUCCAGGAACAGGAGAGGCAACAGCAAGCUGGCAAAAAUUUAGGAACAACUAAAAAAGGAAUCGGGCCGGUGUACUCUGCCAAAGCAGCUCGCAGCGGCCUGAGAAUAUGUGACCUUCUGGCUGAUUUUCAGGAGUUCUCUGAGAGAUUUAAACAUUUGGCCUCGCAGUAUAAGUCUAUGUACCCUUCACUGGAGAUUGAUGUGGAUGGGGAACUUGAGAAACUCAAGACUUAUGUAGACAGGAUAAAGCCCAUGGUGAGAGACGGAGUCUUCUUUAUGUAUGAGGCACUACAUGGGCCUUCAAAAAAGAUUUUGGUGGAAGGUGCCAAUGCUGCUUUGCUGGACAUAGACUUUGGGACAUAUCCGUUCGUGACUUCCUCAAACUGCACUGUGGGAGGGGUCUGUACGGGUCUGGGCAUGCCACCCCAGAACGUGGGUGAAGUCUAUGGAGUUGUCAAAGCCUACACCACGAGAGUUGGGAUUGGCGCUUUCCCUACAGAGCAGAACAACGAAACCGGAGAGCUCUUGCAGACGAGAGGAAAGGAAGUGGGCGUGACCACAGGUCGCAAAAGAAGAUGCGGUUGGCUGGAUCUGGUGCUUAUCAAAUACGCUCACAUGAUUAAUGGCUUUACAGCCUUAGCUCUCACCAAACUUGACAUCUUAGAUGUGCUUCCUGAGAUCAAAGUUGGUGUGGCGUACAAAGUAGAUGGUGAAAUCAUCCCACAUUUUCCAGCAAACCAAGAGGUGCUCCAGAAGGUUGAAGUACAGUACGAGACCCUGCCAGGCUGGAAAACGGACACGUCUGCUGCAAGGACCUUUGAAGAGCUUCCAGAAAAUGCACAGAAAUACGUCUGCUACAUUGAAGAUCACUUGGGUGUGCCUGUAAAGUGGAUUGGUGUUGGGAAGUCGCGGGAAUCGAUGAUCCAGCUCUUUUAAGAGGCUGCCUGGCCUGCAUGUAGCACUGGCUGGAUUGCGCUCUGGACUCGGGAUGUGUUACUUCUCCCGCCUCCCUUCAGUUUUUUUUUCCAUGGCAAGAACGUCAUUUUGUGUCACUCGGAUCAUCCUGCAGCCCUCUGAAAUGGAGUAUUUGCCAUAUAUAACGGCAUUCCUGCGGUGAAUCAAAAAGAGCUUUUCAAUUUUUACUUUCGUGUAAUCAUUUAUUUGUUUCUCCUCUGCUUUACGUCGUCCUCCUCUGGCGUUUGGCGCUCUCAAGCUCAGUAUCCCCAUCUUGAGUCCAUAUGCUGUACAUGUGCUACUGCUUCAAACAGGCAUCAGUAGUGAUGUAUAUUAUCAGUUUUUCCACACAGGUUGGGUAAAAGAUUACUUAUACAUGUUAUAUUUAAUGUUCUUCGUUGUUUUAUCCUACAAGAAUCGACGGUUAUGCAAUGUGUAUUACCACACUUUGUCCUUGUUUUAAAUGGACUGUAUGAUUGACUCGCUCGAGUCCAAUUCAUUUAAACGUACGGUUUUUAAAAGACAAUGUAAAUGUUUCUUUACCACAUGCAUAAAUACAGAUUCGGAGGUUCUGGGUACGAAUUAUGUACAAUGCAGCCUCAAAAUGUACUACCAUUACCGUGGGUGUUUUCUGUUUCUCUAAGACAGCUUAUGAAAGCAUCUUUAAAUUUUAAUCUAUUUAAUUUGCUCUAAAAAAUAGUAUAUAAUUCAAAUGUGCCUCAAGAAGCAUAUACUAUUAUACAGUCCGGAGUUUUGAUUCCAUUGAAUGUAUGUAAACAUUUGCACAGCACUCAGAUGUUUAUUGUUCAACUGUACAACUUUAUGCCGCAAGCAUAUUAAAGCCACUUUAACGAGACAUCAAUGAACUUGCCUUUCGAUAUAGAGAAUAGAUCCUUAAGAUGCCGCCUCAGGAUGUACGACAGUAAAACGCACUGAUGAUCGAACUACUUCUGUGGUUGCUAGCUGCUGCACGAGGUCUUCUGCUUUUUUCCUGACCUCCAGUAGUGCACUUACCGAACCUUUACAUGUUAGAGAUGAUCUAAGCAGAGCUUGCCUAUUUAAACGCGACUGGGUUCUUUCAGAAACCCUGAACUGCUUCUUCUGUUUUGUCGCACCUUCCAGUAAUUGAGUAACGUAGGAUAAAGUGUGCCUUGUUAAUACAGAUGAACAAUGAAACUUGAAAACUAAUUCUCGUCUGAUUGAGCUUUUCUGGAUUUUAAUUGAGAAACCUCUUUUAUCUUUUUCGAGGGCAUUAGCAGUCAUUGCAGUUUGCCAAAAGUGUACACGCAUCCAAAGAAGUAUCUUAAUGGAUAAAUGAAUGCUGUGAUGUAAAAGGCCUUUGUAAAUGACCCUGAAUGAUAACUAUUUCGUUUUCAGAUUGAUGAGGGUGUGAUGCUUCGCAUUUUCUGUUGCUCACGGCCGUUAAAUAAACGGUGUGAGCUGUUUAUUUGUUUAGCGGCAUCUAUUACAUGUCAUUUAUCUUGCAUUAUCGGGAAGAAUUUCCUCUGAACAAAUUCAAUUUGCAAGAACAGACAGCAUUCAAACAAUGUUACGUUUGCACAAACACAACCUUUUCUGUUUCCGAAACACCGCUCCAGUUUUGUAUCGCCGCUGACUGGGUUCUCCGUGUAUGUAUACACAGAACACAAAGCCAUAUUCUCUUGAACUUACUGUAACUGUACACUUUGCUGGUGAUUGAUACUGAUGGGUGUGCAUGAUCAUCCAGUGGGAUUUGCACCAAAACUCACCCGCUCUGUUUAUCUGGGACGAAUGGCAGACAACUGUGUCAAACUCCAAUCAAUAAAGUCAUACAGUGAGAAACA